AUGGACACAGAGACUCACAAAGAAUGGGAACAAACCGUUUGUACAAAUGAAGACGAUAAAUUACCUACCUGGGAUGACUUGAGACAGUUCAUGCAAUCAAAAUACCGUACCUUAGAACUUGUAAUGUCAACAUCGGGCCUCCGUGAGAAGUCUAUCAAAGAGCGUUCACACUUUGUUACUGCUACAGCCUCAACUUCACCAUCGUCGGGAGAUAGAAAAUGCGUGUUAUGUAAAGAAAGCCAUACCUUAUGCCACUGUAAGGAGUUCUGCAAACUGCAACCUGCUGAGAGAGCUGAAUAUGUUAAGUCAAACAAACUUUGCUUUAAUUGUUUGGUACCAGGACAUUCCGCAUACCUAUGUAAAUUGCGAGUCUCAUGUCGUAUAUGCAGUCGACGUCAUCACACUCUGCUACACCGAUCUAAGGACGCUACUUCUUCGGUACAAUCUGAGGACACUGAACAACCGAAAGUAGUACAACACGGCGUAGAAGAGAAGGAGGAACUAGUCAACACUACAAUCGCGUCGCAUCACAGUACCAAACUAAGCACAAGUCUAGCACUACUGGCCACGGCAACAGUUUUAGCAAGGAACGAACAUAAUCACACUGUUGUUCUACGUGCACUGGUAGACCAAGGUUCGCAGGCAUCAUUCAUUAGCGAGAAGGCGACACAACUACUUAAAUUAACCAGGCGUACAGCAAGAGGAAGUAUCAUUGGAGUGGGAUCUACAAAAACUAACGUCAAUCACGUGGUACAACUAAGGAUUGGUUCUCGAUUGCAUUCAAGCUUCGAGAUCAACAUUGAAGCAUACGUCAUGAGUAAACAGUUAACCACGAAAAUCCCUUCCAAAGCUGUUACUGUCACACAUUGGCCACACCUAGAGGGACUCAACCUGGCUGAUCCGGAGUAUCACAAACCGGGUCCAAUAGACUUGCUCCUUGGUGUUAAAGAGUAUGCACAAAUCGUGCAGCAACAAUUAAUCAAAGGUCCUCCGGGUUCUCCAUGUGCACAAGAAACAAACCUGGGAUGGAUUCUGUUUGGAGAAAUCAAUACCAGUGUAAGAGAAGAAAGUUUUCUGGUCCUUCAUCAACAAAUAGAAGUAGAAAACAUGUUAAAAUCCCUUUGGGAAAUUGACACAGACAAGAAAAGAAAAUUAACAAGAGAAGAAAAGCUAUGUGAAACAAUAUAUGAAAACAAUCAGACAAGAACAAAAGAAGGAAGAUAUGUAGUAAGCUUACCAUUUAAAACUGAAAAUCCCUUAUCUCCCAAUGGAAACACUAAAGAAAUAGCAAGAAAGAGACUACUACAGCUUGAAAGAAGAUUCAGAAAGGAACCUACACUAAAAGAUAACUAUCAAAAGGCAAUGCAAGAAUAUAUAAAAUCAAACUACAUGGAAGAAAUACCUGAAAAUGAAAGUAAUAAAAACAAAUCUGUGUACUUACCUCAUCACGCAGUUGUCCGCGCUGACAGAGAAACUUCAAAGACACGUGUCGUAUUUGAUGCUUCGGCUAAAGGGUCGAAUAACGUUUCUCUCAAUGAUGAGCUACUUGUAGGUCCUCAACUGCAAGACGACCUUAGAGAUAUUGUUAUGCGAUCGAGACUAUAUCGUGUCUGCUAUGCCAGUGACAUCCAGAAGAUGUAUCUUCAGGUUUUACUACACAAACAAGACGCCGAUACAUAUCAUCGCCUUCUGUGGCGAGAAGAAGAAUCAGAUCCAAUCAAAGAAUACCGUAUGCUUCGUGUUACUUUUGGUACAGCUUCAGCACCCUAUCUAGCAGUCAGAACUCUUCAUCAAGUGGCUGACGAUGAAGGUGAAAACCAUCCAGAAGCCGUACGAGUUAUCAAAUCAGAUUUUUAUAUGGAUGAUCUGAUCUCAGGCGAGGAUACAACAGAGAAAGCUAUACAGACAGCUCAAGAAGUGUCAUCUAUAUUGCAAAAAGGUGGCUUCAUAUUAUCAAAAUGGUCUUCGAAUUCUAUGGAGUUUAUGCAAUCUAUAGAAGCCAAUAAGAGAACAACACGAGUACACUUAGAUUUAAAAUUAGAUGGAACUGUGCAAGCCCUAGGUUUGAUCUGGAAUCUAGGAACAGAUCAAUUUCAAUAUAAAAUAAACUUACUUCCAGUGUCAGAUAAAAUUACAAAAAGAACAAUCUUAUCUGACAUGCAGAAAUUGUUCGAUCCUCUGGGAUGGAUCGCUCCGAGUUUGAUCUUGGCUAAAAUGUUAAUACAAAAAUUAUGGUUGGAAAAGACUGGCUGGGACGACAAAAUAAGUCAAAACCUUACUGACGAGUGGUUGACUAUCCGUAAGGACUUUGAAGGAGUAAAAGAAGUACAUAUUGAUCGAUGGCUUGGCACAUUAACGAGUGAGGUAGACAAUAUAGAAAUUCAUGGCUUCAGCGACGCUUCCACUCGAGCAUACGCAGCAGUAGCUUACGUCCGAAUAAAGAUGCGGGAUGGCUCAGUGUCAACAAAACUGCAAGCAGCUAAGACUAGAGUGGCACCGCUACGAACUGUGUCACUACCACGGCCGUUGUGUCCUAUCGAUGAUAAAGAUCCAGACUGCAUAGAAGUCCUUACACCUGGACACUUCCUUAUUGGUGAAGCUCCUAUCGUGGUACCGUCACCUAACUUCAAAAACAUAAAUAUGCAUUGCCUAUCGCGGUGGCAGUAUACUCAAAAGUUGCUUGGCGAUUUCUGGCGACGUUGGCAACAAGAAUACUUGACAAGAUUGCAACAACGUCCCAUUUGGUUAAAGAAAUCAGAAGAGUUCAAAAUCGGUGAUGUUGUCUUGAUAAAGACCGACGGAUUACCGCCAGGAAAGUUUUCCCUGGGUCGUGUGGUAGAUAAGCAUCCCGGAAAAGACGGCAUUACUAGAGUCUAUAGUAUCAAAAGUGGCAACAGCGUAGUGAAGAGAUGCUGUUCCAAGUUGUGCGCAUUGCCAAUUGAAAAUGAAUGA